CUGGCACGCCUCUGUGUUGGCUCUUAUAUAAUGUCGGGUUUCACAGGGUACUGAUGUAGAAAUAAAGUCAAACAUUAAGACAGGCUCAUAGUACUUGUCGUUGCAUUGCCGGUGCUCGCCUUUCUGUGGGGUGUAGUGCUGCUCUCAGAGGGGUAAUCUGUGACCCUGUUUGAGUGAAUUUUGGAAGGUGUACAGGAUGGCUCCAGAGAGGACAGGGGACGAACUUGUCUUCUUUGUGAAUGGUAAAAAGGUGGUGGAAAAAAAUGCGGACCCAGAAACGACUCUACUGACCUAUCUACGAAGAAAGUUGGGCCUAUGUGGAACCAAACUAGGCUGUGGAGAAGGUGGAUGUGGUGCUUGCACUGUUAUGAUAUCCAAGUACAAUCCCUUUCGAAAGAAAAUCCUCCACUAUACUGCCAAUGCUUGCCUCUUCCCCAUCUGUGCCCUGCAUCAUGUAGCUGUAACUACUGUUGAAGGCAUAGGAAACACAAAAUCCAGGUUGCACCCAGCCCAGGAGAGAAUAGCAAAAAGUCAUGGGUCCCAAUGUGGCUUUUGCACUCCAGGUAUUGUCAUGUCCAUGUAUACAUUGCUUCGGAACAAACCUGAGCCCAAAAUGGAGGAGAUAGAAGAUGCUUUCCAAGGGAACUUGUGUCGUUGUACGGGAUACAGACCCAUUCUGGAGGGAUACAGAACAUUUGCCAAAGACUGGGGUUGCUGUGGGAGAGUAGCCAAUGGCACUGGAUGCUGUCGUAGUGAGGAGGAGAAUAGCAUGACUGGGGGUUGCUGUGAAGGAAAAGCCAACGGUCCAGGCUGCUGCAUGAAUGAAAAGGAAGACAACGUGACAAUGAUGUCCUCCAGCCUGUUCAAUCCCUCGGAGUUCCAGCCCUUGGAUCCUACACAGGAGCCAAUCUUCCCACCAGAGUUAAUGACUCAGAGUAACAAACAGCAGAAGCAGCUUUGUUUCAAAGGCGAGCGUGUGAUGUGGAUCCAGCCUACAACUCUCAAGGAACUGGUGGCCCUCAAAUCCCAGUACCCCAGUGCCAAGCUUGUUGUAGGGAACACAGAAGUGGGUAUUGAGAUGAGGUUAAAGAACAUGUUGUAUCCAGUGAUAAUAGCACCAGCAUGGAUCUCUGAAAUGAAUGCUGUUCAGCACACUGAAACAGGGGUCAACUUUGGGGCUGCCUGUACCCUGAGUUCAAUAGAGGAGGUGCUGAGAAAAGCAGUGGCAGAGCUUCCUCCUUACAAAACAGAGGUGUUCCAGGCCGUCCUUGAACAGCUGCGGUGGUUUGCAGGGCCACAGAUCAGAAAUGUUGCAGCUCUCGGUGGGAACAUAAUGACAGCAAGCCCAAUCUCUGACUUAAAUCCUGUGUUAAUGGCAAGUGGAAGCAAACUGACCCUGAUAUCAAAUGAGGGCAAAAGGACUAUCACAAUGGAUGAGAAGUUCUUCACUGGAUACAGAAAGACAGUACUGAAACCUGAAGAAAUACUUCUCUCUGUUGAGAUACCCUACAGCAGGAAGGGUGAAUAUUUCUCAGCUUUCAAGCAGGCUUCCCGACGGGAGGAUGACAUUGCUAUUGUGACCUGUGGCAUGAGAGUCCAGUUCCAAGAAGGCACUAGCCAAGUGGAAGAGAUUAAGUUGAGCUAUGGAGGAAUGGCUCCUACAACUGUCCUAGCAGUAAAAACUUGCCACGAGCUCACUGGGAGAGACUGGAACGAGAAGCUGCUGCAGGAUGCCUGCCGCUUGCUGGCGGGUGAGGUGGACUUGUCUCCUUCUGCACCUGGUGGGAUGGUGGAUUUUCGACGUACACUCACACUCAGCUUCUUCUUCAAGUUCUACCUGACGGUGCUUCAGAAGCUGAGCAAGCAGCACAAUGGCCCUAAUAAGCUGUGUGAGCCCAUCCCCUCGAACUACAUCAGUGCCACAGAGCUGUUUCACAAAGAUCCCAUUGCAAAUGUCCAGCUCUUCCAAGAAGUGCCCACAGGGCAGGCAGUUGAAGAUAUGGUGGGCCGGCCUUUGAUGCACCUUUCAGCAGCCAAACAAGCAUGUGGAGAGGCUGUCUACUGUGACGACAUCCCUCACUAUGAGAAUGAACUGUAUCUAACACUGGUCACCAGCACCAAAGCCCACGCUAAGAUCCUUUCUGUAGAUACAUCUGAGGCCCAGACUGUCCCUGGGUUUGUGUGUUUUGUCUCUGCUAAGGAUGUUCCUGGGAGUAAUAUCACUGGCAUCGCUAACGACGAGACUGUCUUUGCUGAUGACAUGGUCACUUGUGUCGGUCAUAUCAUCGGUGCAGUUCUUGCAGACACACAAGAGCAUUCCAGAAUAGCGGCUAAAGCUGUGAAGAUUAAGUACGAAGAGCUCAAACCUAUUGUCACGAUUCGGGAAGCUAUUGAGCAACAAUCCUUCUUUAAGCUUAUAAGAAAGCUUAAUAAAGGAGAUGUAAAGAAAGGAUUCGAAGAAUCUGAUCACGUUUUGGAAGGAGAGAUGUACAUUGGUGGACAGGAGCAUUUUUAUCUGGAAACUCACUGUACCGUGGCCGUGCCAAAGGGGGAGGAUGGUGAGAUGGAACUCUUUGUGUCGACCCAAAACCUAAUGAAGACACAGGAGUUUGUUGCUAAUGCAUUAGGAGUCCCUUCAAAUCGGAUUGUGGUUCGAGUGAAAAGAAUGGGAGGAGGAUUUGGAGGAAAAGAGACUAGAAAUACUAUAUUGUCAACUGUGGUGGCUGUGGCUGCUUUCAAAGCUGACUGCCCUGUACGGUGCAUGUUGGAUAGAGAUGAGGACAUGUUGAUAAGUGGUGGAAGGCAUCCCUUCCUGGGGAGGUACAAGGUUGGCUUCAUGAAGAAUGGGAAGGUCAAGAGUUUGGAGGUGUCAUACUACAGCAAUGGGGGCAACUCUGUAGACCUCUCUUAUGGCGUUAUGGACAGAGCUCUGUUACACUUGGAUAACUCCUACAGCAUCCCCAAUGUCAGCAGCUUGGGCGUUGUUUGCAAGACCAACUUGCCUUCCAACACAGCCUUCCGUGGCUUUGGAGGGCCUCAAGGAAUGAUGAUUGCCGAGUGUUGGAUGAGUGACCUUGCUCGGAAGUGUGGCCUGCCGCCUGAGGAGGUACGGAAGCUCAAUCUUUACAAUGAAGGAGACCUAACCCAUUUUAACCAAAAGCUGGAGGGCUUUACCCUGCGAAGGUGCUGGGAUGAGUGUUUGUCAAGCUCCAGCUAUCAUGCCAGGAGGAAGCAAAUUGAAGAAUUCAACAGGCAGAAUCGCUGGAAGAAAAGAGGGAUGUGCAUUAUUCCUACCAAAUUUGGCAUCAGCUUCACUAUCCCGUUUCUGAACCAGGCUGGAGCUCUGGUUCAUGUGUACACAGAUGGCUCCGUGUUACUUACACAUGGUGGGACUGAGAUGGGUCAAGGACUUCACACCAAAAUGAUCCAGGUUGCUAGCAGGACACUGGGAAUCCCCACCUCCAAAAUUUACAUCAGUGAGACAAGCACAAACACAGUCCCAAACACCUCCCCGACAGCUGCCUCUGUCAGUGCAGACAUCAAUGGAAUGGCUGUCCAUAAUGCCUGUCAGACUAUCCUAAAAAGGCUUGAACCAAUCAAAGAGUCUAAUCCCAAGGGCUCCUGGGAAGACUGGAUUAAAGCAGCCUACGUCAACUGUGUGAGCCUGUCAGCCACAGGAUUUUAUAGAAUUCCUGACCUUGGCUACAGCUUCGAAAAGAAUGAAGGGAGACCAUUCUGCUACUUUAGUUACGGUGUUGCUUGCUCUGAGGUUGAGAUAGAUUGCCUGACAGGUGACCACAAGAACAUUCGCACAGAUAUUGUUAUGGAUGUUGGUACCAGUUUGAACCCAGCCAUAGACAUAGGACAGAUAGAAGGAGCGUUUGUCCAAGGCCUUGGGCUCUUCACCAUGGAGGAGUUGCGCUAUUCUCCAGAAGGGAACUUGUAUACUCGAGGGCCCGGGAUGUACAAAAUCCCAGCAUUUGGAGACAUCCCAGCAGAAUUCUAUGUGUCUCUUCUCCGUGACUGUCCAAACAGCAAGGCGAUUUAUUCAUCCAAGGCUGUGGGAGAGCCUCCUCUGUUCCUGUCUGCAUCAGUGUUUUAUGCCAUUAAAGAUGCCAUCUACUCAGCGAGGAAGGACUCUGGCGUGACUGAAACUUUCAGACUGGAUAGCCCUGCCACCCCAGAGAGGAUCCGCAAUGCUUGUGUGGACAUCUUCACCAAAAUGUGUCCAUCUGCUGAGCCAGGAACCUUUAAGCCAUGGUCUGUACGUGUGUAAAAGUGAAGUUUGAGGAGUAAACUUUCCUCAUGAAACGGGGCUUGCACCAGAGGGACCACAAGACAGUAGGACUAUAGUGGGAAAAAAAAAAAAAAUCUGUGUUCCUGUGGCUCAUCCACCGAUUCAUAGAGUGUUCUCAUUUAAUUGUCCGAUCACUGUUUCCUCUGGGAGGAGGGUUUGCUGCCAGAUUAUAGCUGUGAUGUAAAUUUAAAUGAAGAGUAAGUGGAUGAUGAUGUUAUCCAGGUGUAAUUGAAAAUCUUAAGAUUUCCAAAUUGCUGCAAGGGUAGGAGACAAGCUUAUUAUUGGCCAUCUUGAAAAGGUGUUUUUUGUUUGGUUUUGUUUUGUUUACUGUGGGGAAAAGAAUGGUCACCUUCUGAUGUUAUGUCAAGAAGGUCCUAAAUGCAUUGAACCCAGAUAAACAGUCCUCUAGUGGGGAACGGGGAGGGCGUGAGACAUACUGAGGGCUGGACUCCAUUGUGUCCCUUCUGCACACAAAGCCAGAUAUACACUAGAGGAAGACGAGGAGGAGUUUUGAUGCUAGCUAACUGCGGUAAAGGUCUUCUCUAUGUAUGUGGGACAGUUGUUCAGAUGGAAGCCCUAAAAUGUGACCAAUAGCUGAUUUAUCCUAAGUUAAAUGACGACUGCUUCAUCUAUACCAGGGCUUUAAUGAAUUUUUAGUUCACAUACUACCUUGCCGUCUCUGAUUAAAGACAAAAACUAGAGAUAACAGGAGGAUUUCCAGCAAGAUGCUGAUUUGUUUGACACAUUCAACUUUCCCCCUCCACAUCCCACGUCUUUUGCCCAUCUCUUAAAUAGGACAUGAUAUCAAAGAAAGGAUCUUUGAGUAGGAGAGAAAGUUAUUGAUCAGUGCCCCCAAGGCAAUUUAGACCAGACCUGGGGACAGGUGGGGAUUAGUUGGGUCUGAGUGCCCUCUAGGGUCAGUCCCUUGCCUGCUGUGCCAGGGCUUUGCCCUCCUUUCAAGACAACUCUUAGUUUUUCUGAAUAUCAGGGGAUGGGUGCAUUUUGCUGAAGGGUUAGCUUGUCUGAAAAAUGUGCUUAUUGUGUGAUGACGUCAUGCCUUUUGGACUGAAUGUGUUUUUCAUGUUGGAUUUAAUGCUGGGCAUCCCUGAAAAGAAAAGAACUGAAAAGUUCUUGUCACUGUCGAAUUUAACACUGCAGCAUCAUGUUAUCUCUAGAUGAUGUCAGCCAUGUACUGUACCUGCUCAUCACGUGCAAACUUUUAUCCAUUUCUGUGGCCCACAGCUCUGUGAUAAUGUCCUUUUUCUGUCUUUGCACUCCUAGGGCCAUCAAAAAUAUGGUGCAAGAGGAUGUGACUCCAUUGCCUUAAAUAAAAUUUUGCUCACUUACAUCCUGCUUGAAAUUGAUCUCUGUCUUAGGACUUAACAACGCAUGCACAAUCUGAAACAUUUUUGAAGCGCUCCAAGGCAUAAAAUUGUGAAAAGUGUAGAUUUGUGUCUCAGCUUAAAAUAUUACAGUUUUACCAUCUGGAAAAAGGGCAUUUGUAUAUGUGAGUUGCAGAAAGUAUUUUGUGCCUGCUGUGCUGCUAUGUGAUUGUUUUACUGAUUGAAAUAUUAUAUUGGUGUUUCUUAAACUCUGAGGUACUGGGCAAGAACAGUUUUUUUUUUUUCUUCUGAAAGCUGGUAAUAUAUAAAGAACCUCUCUGAGAAGAAAAUGUAAACAUUUGUGUGCACAGCCAUUGGAGUCUGUGUAUUUAUCUUCUUUGAUGCCCAGGAAAGGAUGCAAAAUACGAGAUCUGUGAUGUAGGGUUGUAACUGCAUUGCCUCUAUGGCAUUCCACCUCUUGUGAUCCCUGGACAGCAUUCAAACCAGGCAGAAAAGAAAUACAAAGGAAAUGUAAUAUGUGUUAAUGCAGAACAUGGUGAAUUACAGGCAAUGUGUGUGAUAUUGAUGAGGUUCCAGCGCCAUCUUAUAGGAAAGCUGCAGCCCUCACAAGAGUCCUGUUUCCAGAGAAGGUCUCAGGAUAUUAUGGGCUAUCACUAGCAGGAUGGAUAAUUGCAGUUUAUGUCCUGUGACUCUGGGAGCACCUUCUUUCAUCAUUUCAGAAUGGGUUUGAUAUCUCAUGUAGCCAUGGCUACUGCCUGGCAGUUAAAUUUUUUUUGAGGUAGAUUUAUCAAGUCUCUCUUUUGUUUUUCACUUUGUGGGUUAAUCCAACGUGUGUUUGCCAAGCUACGUGUAUAUGCAAUGGUCAGAGCUGGCUUGUUUGGUGGUUUACAGACCUGAGCCUGUGAAGCCACUCCUGCUGUAGUAUUUGCGAUCCACUGUUUCACAGCUCUCAGCCCUUGCUCUCAGGCCCACCCUGGUUCAGGGCUCUCUUAUUACCCUUCCACAGUCCCUGGCUAUCGGAAGGACAAAACAUCCUUUUUGAGGGUAUUGGAUUUGAAAUAGAUGAUAA